AUGUGUGCCGCCCCGCACAAAGUUAGGAGGAGACAUCGUGUGGUCCCGGGCUGUAGGAGUUGGGGUCAAGAGCCCUGUGCUGAGGGCAAGGAUCAUCCCGGCCCCCCAACUGGCGGCUCAGUGCCAGGGGGCUUGUUCUGUCUGUCGUUGUCCACCAAACAGUCGUGGGAGAGGUCUUUCCAGGCAGCACUCUCCGUAGGCACCACACUGGAUGCCAAGUACCUGCUGAGACCUGGAGACUCCUCACUCCAAACCCGUGAGAGGGACAGAGAAGCGGACUGCCAUCUCUCAGUCCCUUUGGCCACUCAAAGACACGGGGAGCAGCAGUUGCUGGGAGGUGAGAGCCAGCUUUUCUCUUUUCCAUCACGUUUGGGCAAUUCUUGUAUUCAGAAAGCCUGCAGGCUCAGAAAGGCUGACGAGAACGAAGGGGACAGCCAACAGAGUGUCCUGGAGGGCACGUCAGCUGUGGAGGUGCUUUGGGCUUGA